CGUCAUAAAGAUAUGUCGAGUCCAAGAUCGAAUGCCAAAGAAGGCGAAUUCCGGGGAACUACGGCGAAAGACGUGGGCGAGAAUAGUCGAGAGUUUUGAAUACCUAACAGCGGCCGCGAUAGCGCUUUGGAAAACGGUGGACCUCGAUCGUUUGGAGGUGUUCGUGAAUUGGAGCUACUGGCGCUUCAGUACGCCGGAAGUCCGUGACGAGGCAGUGUUUUUGAAGUUGAAGGAAGCGAAAGAAGAAGCCGCCGAGCAGCUGGGCGCGUCAAUGCUUGGAAAAUGGACGUUUGACGAGGUGAAAGGGAAGGGUAUUACCACACAAAUGCUUAUCGAGGCGAUGCCCGAAAAGAAGAAAGCCCGGAUGGCAGAUGGA